AUGGAGCAGAUACAGGAGAAGAUGGCUGAGAUGCAAACUCAGUUAACUGAACAGAUGAAUGUGCAUAUGAUACAGUUUAUGGAGGCGUUGGCUAACAUCACCAGGGGUCAAGAGGAUUUGCGAGUUCUCGUCGAGAAUGCCAGGAGGACUGAGAAUGAUGGACAACAGUAUGGUUUGUUUGAUGAUGUGUCGGGUCGUAUUGAUGAUCAUCAUGAUGAGAAUGAGUUCAGGCGUCCUCACUAUGUGGCUUAUAAUCCUUUCAACCAGAAUCAGAGCUUCCCUCCACCACCUCCGUCUCGUCUGUUGGGGAGGAGAGAUAAUCAGAAUCGUGGUAAUCAGGAUUUCAACUUCGAGAACGUUGAUCAGUUGUCAAGGCAUAAUGCUGAAGAUGCGCAUGAGGAAGUUGAAAGGUAUCGUUUGAUUGAGGAACGUAUGAGGGUUGUUGAAGGCAAAGGGGUGUUGGGCAUGGAUAUCAAUGAUCUAAGUCUGGUGCCAGGUGUGAGGAUUCCGCCAGAGUUCAAAGUUCCUACCUUUGACAAGUACAACGGAGUUACCUGUCCCUUGACUCAUGAUAAGGCUUAUUACCGCAAGAUGUCUGUUUACUCAGAGGAUGAAGGUUUCUUGAUGCACUUCUUCCAGGAUAGUUUGGCUGGAGCUUCCUUGGAAUGGUACAUGCAACUCGAGCAUGCUCACAUUCACUCAUGGAUAGAUCUUGUUGAGGCUUUUCUUAAGCACUAUCAGUAUAAUGUUGACAUGGCACCGAAUAGGACUCAGUUGCAGAGUUUGGUUCAUGGGUCUAAAGAAUCUUUCAAGGAGUACGCUCAGAAGUGGCGUGAGCUAGCCGCGAGGGUUCAGCCUCCAAUGACUGAGCGUGAGAUGAUUGAUAUGUUCACGAGUACUCUGUCUGGACAUUACUAUUUGGCUUGUAGUACUUCUGCAAGUUUUGCUAAAAUGGUUAGAUGUGGUGAACAUGUCGAGAUGGGCUUGAAGAUGGGAAAGAUACAGUUGGGUGGCGUCGCUAGUUCUACUGGUGGAAAGAAACCGUCAGAGGGUUAUACCAGAAAGAAAGAAGGAAACACGGAUGCUGUGUAUGGGCGAAGUGGCCAAGGAAGAAGCAAUUCUAUGGUUAACGCCGUUACUAUUCCUAUGUCGCAACAACAACAACAACAGGGGCAGCGCCCUCAAUAUCAAAAUAACCAGUAUCGGCAGAGAAGGGAUAGAAAGAUUGAUCUGAUUCCUAUGACAUAUGCUCAGCUGUUGCAACACUUGCUCAACAUUGAAAAUAUCACUUUGAGAGACGCUCCGAAUGCUCUGGAUCGUCAGUCUCCGAACUAUAGCGCGAAUGCACGGUGUACUUUCCAUUCUGGUGCUGUUGGACAUGAUACACAUAGGUGUAUUGCAUUGAAGAACAAAGUCCAAGAUUUGUUGGAUCAAAAGGUUAUUCAAUUCACUCUGACACCCAACAUUGUCAAUAAUCCGAUGCCUACUCACGGAGACUCAGGCGUGAAUGCUAUUGAGAAUGAAGGUAUAAGUGUAGUAUCUGAUGUGGGCCGUUUGACUUUGCCGUUGCUAUCCGUGAAGCAGUAUCUUAUUGACAAUGAAAUAAUCCCGGAUUAUGGAAUUGAUUGUGUGAAUUGUAAAAGUCAACCUGAGGGUUGUGAUGAAUUGAAAGGCAUGAUUCAUAGAUUGACGGAUGAGGGUCCUUUGCAAUUUUAUCAAAAGUUGAACAAGAGGCUUGCGCCUCUACCAGCAGAUCCUAGCCAAGUCAAGUUUGCGAGUGGUGGAGUCAUUCAGAACGGUCAGGUUAAUGCCAUUGUCAACGGUGAAGAAGUAGAUAGUGAUUGUGAUUUUGAUAGCUGGAUUCGUCCAAGCAUUCCUGGAGAGAUGCCUCGCAAAUGGACAAUUGAAGAUGUCAUUCAAAAAGCCAUCAAAGGUAGUGUAUUGGCGGAUUAUCUUGCACAUCAGCCCGUUGAGGACUAUGAACCGAUGAAGUUUAAAUUCCCCGAUGAGGAUGUUCUAGAAGAGAAAAAUCUUGCUGAUGCUCUCGCUACUUUGGCUUCCAUGUUUAAAGUGAAGUGGGUGAAUGAGGCGCCUAACAUCACCAUCAAUAGGUUGGAUGAGCCAGCAUUCUGCUUUGAGGCUAAUGUCGAACUGGACAAUAAUCCCUGUUACCUCUUACUAGGAAUUGCUUCUUAA